UGUGAGCUUAUUGUUUGCUAAAGAGAUACUCUCUUCUAUAUUUUAUUUAGUCAAUAAACUUUUCUUUUCUUCAGUUCUCAUAUCAUUAUUUAUCAACUCAUCUUCAAGAGCAUAAUUCAAACCCCGUCCUUUUUUAUAAAAAUCUUUUUCUGUUUUUACCAUAAUCAUAUUAAUGCAUGUGUUCUUUCAAGUAAAAUCAUGACUAACGACUAACAAUAUUUUCUAAUCUGAACUGAAGUACACCAAAAGAAAGAUUAGAAAAUUCUCCAAUAAUAUAUUUGUUCAAUAUUUUCACGAGGAAUGUAAGUAUUUAAUUUAUAAUACAAAAUAUUAAUUCACAACUGAGUCAUAUUAGGUGUUUCGUGUAAUUUACUCAUUUCUUUUCUUUUGUUUUUCUUCCAAAUAUAUACAUUGACGGAACCAAAACAGCAAAUCUUCUCCAUCUUUUGACCCACGGGCCACGGCCAUCCUCCUCCACCGUCAACUGCUGCCGGAAAAUCAAGAAUGGCACCAAAAUUCGAAACACACUCCUCACCAACCACCGCAGGAACCCAAUUUUCCGAUCCAUCCAAUGACUACUCAAUCGACCCACUUUUCCACACCCUCCGUAUCCUCCCAUUCUCCUUCCUCCGCCCACCAAAGCUCCGCCUAAAAAUCCCAACCGUCACCCUUCCCUCCGCCAUGACAAUUUACAGCCUGAUCCUCUUAACCUACUUCAUGGUCGUCUCCGGCAUUGUUUACGACGUCAUUGUUGAACCCCCUGGAAUUGGAUCAACACAAGACCGGUUCACUGGUGCUGUGAAACCGGUGGUUUUUCUACCCGGUCGAGUUAAUGGUCAGUAUAUUAUUGAAGGAUUGUCUUCUGGGUUCAUGUUUGUACUUGGUGGUGUUGGGAUUGUGAUGUUGGAUUUGGCAACUGAUAAGAACAGAGAUAAGAGUGUUAAGGUUUCGUUUGCUUCAGCUGGGGUUGUGUUUGUUGUGAUGGCUUAUGUUAUGAGUAUGCUCUUUAUCCGUAUCAAGAUCCCAGCUUAUCUUCGCUGAAAGUUUUAGCCUUUUUUCUUUGCUUUGAUAAUCAGUAAUUGUUUUAGUUUGUGACUCUCUAAAGUUUAAAGAGCUACACAUCUGAUACUGUGGUAGACGAGGAGUAUGCUUAAGUUGAUUUGGCUAUUUUUGGCUCUUGAUAGAUUUGGUUAAUGAAAUGUAUGCAAUCUUGGAUCUCAUGAAUGCAUAGUAGAAUACUGUUGUCUUUGCUUAUGU